AUGCUCCCAGGACCAAGCAACCAGUUACCCCUGACUGGAAAGUGCUCUCGUAGCCGGGAACUAGUUACCACCGCCUGGAAGGUGGAGGGCGGCUUCGCGGCCUGGCUGGCGGCGCGGCUGGAGGCGCUGCGCGGUGUCCUGGCCGCCUGCUUGGAAGAAGAUCUCUUAAACGAUGUUUGCAGGGAAGUAGUCGAGAAGUGGUCUGAAUCUCAGAUUGUUGACGCCAAAGAGAAAAAAGAAGAUGAGAUCCAAGCCAUUGCCAGCAUGAUGGAGAAGCAGGCCAAGAUAGUGGUGAAGCCAAAGGAGGUCUCCCAGGAAGAGAAGCAAAGGAAAGCUGCCCUCCUGGCCCAGUAUGCCAACGUGACGGAUGAGGAGGAUGGUGAGGAUGAACAGGAUGGAUCGAUUGCAACAGCAGUAAAUAUUGGAUCAGAAAAAUCGCUGUUCCGGAACACUAACGUGGAGGACGUCUUGAAUGCCAGGAAGCUAGAACGGGAGCUGCUGCGAGAUGAGUUCCAGAAGAAGAAGGAGCAAGAUAAACUCCAGCGAGAGAAGGAUAAGCUAGCCAAGCAGGAGCGGAAGGAGAAGGAGAAGAAAAGGACACAAAAAGGCGAGCGGAAGCGAUAGCCAGGGUUUUCUAGUUGGACUCUCAAGGGAUAAAAUUAAUUAUGAAUAUGGUGUGUGUUUAAAAAGCAGCAGAAAUUCUGGGCACGUGGCUGGCAAGUGGUUCUUUGGAAGCGUUCUUGGUUUGUUUGUUGGGUUUUUCUUGGUUUUUCUUACAUAGCAGAAGAGAAAUUUCAAGCACCUCUUAAACUCAAAGUGUGCCAUGUGCUUGUGGUGUCAGAUGUCCCAGUCAGUUAUUGUGGCCAAUGUCUGUACCAAAGAACGGUGAAGUAAUUAUGUCCGUGUUUUUAAACUGAUCAAGUUUUACUCCUAACCACUUCAAGCAAAGCAAAACAAGCUGUAGGAGAGGGCUUCCAAGCUGGCUGCGUCCUCCUGCCGGCCUUGAUUUGCAGCAACAGCGUGUUAGGAUUUGUGAACAGAGCAGAGCCCCUUCCUGGCAUGUAAUUAAGGACCUGCUGCUACAGGGCGAAUGUGAAUUUAUUUAACACUAGCCUUGAAAAAUGUAUUUGCAAAUACAUGUAUUUAUGCUGCCAAGAACAAUGCCAGGUCUUUGUUCUGGCUGAGCUGAGAGCGCAGAGAUUGGAGCUGACCUCAGUGAGGGCAAGUGAUGUUCUGCAGCAAGAGAAAGGGAACGGUAUGAAAUAUAGAUGAGCUGCAGCUACGAGACUGCACCACCUGCAGGCUCUGGGCGAGGUAACUCCGCGCUGAUUUGAACAUCAGCCACAGCGGUAGCAAAUUGGUUGAGUCCUUACGCUAUUUUAAGACUUUGUGCUGAUACUGGAAAAUGGUGCUCCCCGAUGUUUCGUGUGGGUGAACAUGGACUGUUAUUUCUGCGGCGGCUGUAAGGGAGCUCCAUGCGCUGCAGUUAGAAGCCGGUUGCUCCCCCGGGGCAGAGCUGCGAUCCGGAGCCGCCUUCCAAGGGCUCAUUACCGGCUCAUUUCCAGCCUUUUUCGUGGCCGUGUCACCGCCUCUGGAGAGGGGAACACUAAUUCCUGUGAAGUGAGCGUGAGGAGGAGCUGCAGCGCUUCCGGGGGCUCGGGAGGAACCGGCGUGCCUCAUCCCUGCGCUGCUCCGCGCUGCCGAGGUUGCUCCCGGCUGCUGGACGCGCCGGCCCCCAGCGCCUGCUUUCGGCACGUCUCGGUAAAGGGCGGUGCCUCCUGUUUAACCACCUGCUGCAAGCGUGAGUAUAACUGCUUUAUCUUCGGACUUGAAUAAUAAAACUGGUUGGCCAA